AUCAUUUCUCUAGGCGGAAAUAAUCCGUCUACCCCACCCUAACGGUCGAUUUUCCGACCUAAAUUAAGCCACCCGUCGUCACUCAUCAUCAAUGAAAGCUUACAAGUUACAAAUCUCUCUCUCUCUCUCUGAAAAUCAAAUCUCGAAUUCGGAAAAUGGAGAACAGAGUGAGAUCAGAAUCAGCCAAGGUUCAGCACGUCGCCAGAGCUUCAUCGGACGAGCUUCUCCGGAAAUUCGCCGAAGUCGGCUCUGCAUCCGAAGACGAGCGAGAGCUCCGGCUUGUCAAGCGCCUGAGAAGGAGCGAAACCGCCAGCGGCCGCCGCCGCCAUCGCGGUGGCGGAAGGGAAGCGGCGAAUUGCAGCGGCGGUUCGGCGGUUGUGGAGAGGAUGUCACUUAUCAUCUCUCCGGCGGCGCCGGUCCGGCACUUCGGAAUCGGGAAAGUCAGGGUCCGAUCCAUGGAUUUAAGGACCAGGUCUUUCGUCGGUACUCUAAAGAAGACAUGGCGAAAGACCAUAGAAGGGGCAUCCAAUGUCUUCAUUGAGAAACAAUAUAAUGGACACAAACGCCUCAUCAAUGACAUCUACUAGUUUAAUUAUGUGCUCAUUGAAUAUGUAAAAAAUAAUCAUUAUUUAAUGUUGAGUGUUCUUUUUUUCUUACUCAAUGUCUAGCAUUAUUUAUUUAUUUGUUCAAUUUGACUUUUUUGAGUCAAACUGGACAAAUUUUGAACUUCAAUUACUCUCAAUUUAUAUUGCAUAUAAGAUUAAUGAAAUACAAUUUUGAAAGUUCU